AGAGUUUAUUACACUGUCAGUAUAACGUAGCCUAAAAUGUGUUAUGGUGGCUUUAUCGGACAGUUUUAUUUCCCUGGCUGGGCGAAGGACAGCUAUUAUAUACCUGGAUGAAUUGUCGACACUGUCUUUUAACUCGGGAAUUCUUAUUGUGGACGAGCAGUUGCUUUUAGGAUAUUUGUUUUUCCUUAUUCUGACCAUGUGGAAGUGUUGAAAUGCGCACGACAGUGGAUUCGGUUCCGCUUAUAAAUACUGUAUUUAAUAAUAACUGUAGUUCCGCGCUACAUGUUUUUUUUCCUUCGAUGCGUUUAGUUGAUGGCGACAGUUUUAUGUGACUCAACUCAACUUCUUCACCUGCGGCUGUUCCUUUUGAACACGGUCAGCUUGAAGACAACGGUUUUACACACUACGAACUGUCAUUGAACAACCAUCCCGAAAAGAGUUACAAGAAAGUGAAACUUACUUUCUAAAACUUUGUAAUACCUCAACCAAAUUAUGACUUCGGUUUGGAAAAGAUUACAACGCGUUGGCAAGAAAGCUUCAAAAUUCCAGUUUGUGGCGUCUUAUCAAGAACUUGUGUUGGAAUGCACGAAGAAAUGGCAACCAGAUAAAGUCAGGGUGGUUUGGACCAGAAGAAAUAGGCGUAUGUGCUCUAAGCUUCAUGGAUGGCAGCCGGGCAUCAAGAACCCCUACAGGGGGAUGGUGGUUUGGCCCGUACCUGAAAACGUGGAUAUCUCCCUCACACUCUUCAGGGAUCCCCAUUCUGAUGUGUUUGAAGACAAAGACUGGACAUUUGUCAUUGAGAGUGAGACAAAGGGUCAACGUAAGGUGUUGGCUGCAGUGGACGUGAAUAUGAAGAAGUUUGCCAGUGCCACUCCCACUCAGCAAGACCUGACAUUGAAGCUGAAGCCCCUGUCUGUCAAGGUGGUGGAGGCCACUCUGAAGCUCUCCCUGUCCUGUGUGUUUGUCAGAGAGGGGAAAGCCACCGACGAAGACAUGCAGAGCCUGGCCAGCCUGAUGAGUGUCAAACCCACAGACAUCGGUAACCUUGACGACUUCAACGAGAGUGAUGAGGAGGAAGACAGGAGGUCUAGUGCUGGAGCUAGCAUUAGCAAAGCUGCCGCAGAAAUACAGAGGGAGUUGAAGACUCUCACAGAAGAGGAAUACCACAGUCCUACUCUUGGUCCGAAACUGUCAGAGCAGCAGACGCCAUCUGUCUCCAGUGAGACCGUUCCCCUGGCUCUGAGAGGGGACGAGUCUCCUCACUCCCCCAGGACCGUCAGGAUCGCGAACCAACAAGCCUCCGUAGAGAAAACUGUGGGGUUGAAAGAUGCCAGUACCAUUAAAACUGUGGGGUUGAAAGAUGCCAGUACUAUUAAAGGUUCUGGGCAAGAUGGCGACCCAGCAACUGAUGUUCCUGGCCCUAUUCACACAGAAGUCUCAGCAGAGCUUAUUCCAGCGCUCCCUCCUCCAUGGCCUUUCUCUAGCCCAGAGACAGAAGCACCAGAGAGCACUACCCAUACAGAGCCUUCUACCAACAUCCUGGGAGCUUUUAGUGCUGAUAACACGCCAUUGGCUGAAAAGAAGCCUGACUUUAAACAGAAAUCCAAUGAGACCAAAGAAGUGCCUUCUCAACCUGCCAAACCAGAGGACAACUCUGCCUCAACCCCGGGUGAAAAACCUUUUAGUGCAGACAAGCCGCCAUUGGCUGAGCUCGACCUUGAUGACAUAAUCAUAGAGACGUCUGAUCCGUCAGUCAUGGCCGGUAACUUAUUUUUGGAGGACAAUGCAGAUGAAGAAACAUCAAAAGUGGGCGCAGUAAAGAGGUCACCAUUCAGCACCUUGAUGACUGAAAUGGAUCAUCAGGAUGGAAGUGUUGAACAGACAGCUGAUCCAGAGUCGACUGGAGUGCCAACAUCAAUGGAGCUCCACGUAGAGCACGGCCCAGUUGACACAAAGACACUUCCAGAGAUUGAAAACAUCACGUGUGGAGAUGCAGCUGAGAAGCACGCUAAAGGCCUAGAGCAGCCCGUUGAUAAGAAGCAGGGGAAAAAGAGCCCAGUACCUCAUUCACCUUGUUUAUAUGACCUCAACAGGUCAGAUGAAGACAGGGAAAUUAUGAAAAACAUGGCUGCUCUGAAGGCAGGUCCUCCCAGCAAAGACAAGGAAAUUAUGAAAAGCAUGGCUGCCCUGAAGGCAGGUCUUCCCAGCAAAGACAAGGAAAUGAAAAUGCCAAUCAAAGCGAAAAGGCCGUCGUGGGCUGAGGAGGUUAUGGGCUCCAAAGAGAAUGAUAAGAAACAGAUGGACCAUCAACCUCGGGAUGAGAAGGCCUCAUUAUCACAAGCUGAUGAGCACAAAUCAGCCACUCUGGAAGUUCAAGUGAACAAGAGUGUAGAGGAGUCACAUAGUUCUGAAUGGAACGCAGCGAAAGAGGAAGCAGGUGUUUUGGAAGAACACAGAAGAGAUGCUAACUGUGUUCUGAAAGAGCGAUCUGAGACGGCUGAGGGGGGGGAAAAGUCCAGUGACCUGGCUGUCCCAACAAGAUGCUCUAAGAAAGCUUCUCAGCCAUCCUCACCAGACACCACAACCCAGGGUAACAUCCAGGGUAACACCCAGGGUAACAUCCAGAGUAACAUCCAGGGUAACAUCCAGGGUAACAUCCAGGGUAACAUCCAGGGUAACAUCCAGGGUACCAUCCAGGGUAACAUCCAGGGUAACAUCCAGGGUAACAUCCAGGGUACCUCAGGCAGUGAAGAGCCACAGUCCAAUGGACAGACCCCAGCAGAUAAGGAGGUCCCUUAUGGUCAAGCGUCAGAUACGGUUGUUCCUCCUCGACGCAGCAAGAAGAAACCCCUUCCCUUUCCUGUGGUCUUCCAGGAAGUUGCCCCAGAGGCCUCCACUCCCACUGCGGACAGGGACGAAGCCCAUGGGAAGGAUGUGUUCGUCCUCCACCAGGAGAUGCCUGGUCCUCUGCCCAGUCCUGGUCUUGUGUCCUCCAGCAAGUCUUUACUGGAGUGGUGCCAGGAGGUUACAAAGGGUUAUAAGGGAGUGAAGGUCACUAAUUUUAACACCUCUUGGCGCAAUGGUCUGGCUUUCUGUUCCAUCCUACACCACUUCUAUCCUGACAAGAUAGCUUUUGAGGCACUGGAACCCAACGAUAUCAAGUUAAACAACAAGAAGGCCUUUGAUGGCUUCGCUGCGCUGGGCAUCUCCCGACUGCUGGAGCCCUCAGACAUGGUGCUGCUCUCUGUGCCAGACCGCCUGAUCGUCAUGACUUACCUGAGUCAGAUCCGCACCCACUUUACGGGGCAGGAGCUGAGUGUUCUUCAGAUAGAGCACAACAGCAGCCAGUCCAGCUAUGCAGUGACUGAGCCCAGUGAGGGUUCUGAUGUGGAUGCUGCUGCUCGCUUCUGUGCCCGCAAGUUACAGGAAGGUAGCAUCUCCCUGGAGGACAGUGCUACAGAACAGGCCUCUAAGCCCAAUGGGAGCCUCGUGCCACCCCCCCGGACUAAACGGGUGUCAAAAGUGGAAGAGAAGGGAAGCGGAGCUGGUGAUUUGGAUGAGGGAACGGGAGAGACACAGACCCCCGUGCCUCCACCCAGGUCACACACCUCUGCAGCCAAAUCAGGAUUUGGUCACGUAAGAGACGCCGACCUGGUGAAGAAAAGACGCUUGCGGCUGAAGAGUGAGUCCAUGGAUGAAGGGGAUGUGGUGGAGCAGCAGAGUAGCACAUCUAGGAGCACAGAGUCAGCUGAAAGUGUAUCAGACAGAGAAGUGAAGAAUGUCUCCUCAGAAUCCGAGUCAAGGAGCCCAGCACAAGUCCAGGAGUCCAGUGUCCCAAGCCAGGAGGAGGAUACUCUGGACACCAGUCAGUAUGUGCUGAGUGAGCUGCAAGCCCUGGAGACUGAACAGAAGCACAUCGACAACCGAGCAGGCAUCGUGGAGAGGAGACUCAGAAGACUGAUGGAAUCAAGUAGCGACCGUGACGAGGAAGAGAAACUGAUCCAGGAGUGGUUCACUCUGGUCAACAAGAAGAACGCCCUGAUCAGGAGACAGGAUAAUCUGGAGCUGCUGCAGGAGGAGCAGGACUUGGAGAAACGAUUUGAACUACUGAAUAGAGAACUUAGAGCCAUGAUGGCCAAUGAAGAGUGGCAGAAGACUAAGGCCCAGCAGCACCGGGAGGAGCUCCUACUGCAGGAACUGGUCUCUCUGGUCAACCAGCGGGACGAGCUGGUCAGGAACUUGGACGCCAAGGAGAGAGGUGCCGUUGAGGAGGAUGAGCGUUUGGAGCGGGGGCUGGAGCUUAGACGCAGGAACUUCAGCAACAAAGACAAGUGUGUGCUGCAGUGAGAGUAGGGACGACAAUGACAAAUAGCGCAGUGCCUUAAAUACCAACCCAUCUAGAACUAAACCUCCUCAGUCUCUGCUUCAAACCAAGCUCUCAGUCACUCAGCAACCUACAAUAUGAAACACUCCUAGACAAACAUGUCACCACAGCAACAAAUCCUUAACUGGGAUUUUGGGACUGAUCGUUAAUAAACAAUUAUACCCCCGGAGGUGCUGGGGCUGUGUGCCUUCCCUUUUGGAGAUAGUUGAAGAAAUAAAUCCCUCUGUACCUUGAGGUAAGAGACUCUGGGAAGGUCGCCCAUCCAUGGAGUACUUUUGAUUGAGAAACGAGGACCUUUCCAAUUCAGUCUGUCAAUGUGCCUUACUCUGUCAUUCAAUAGACAGAAAGCCCACUGUACAAACAGAUGUGUUGUAUACUUUUAGACCGCCAUGAAGCUAAGAGGUUCAGAUGUAUAGGCCAUCAUGUUUACUUUUACGUCUAUAAACAUCUCACUGAUGUCAUCAACAAUAUAAGAGAACUUUGCCUGAAUGCUUUGGUGGAACUGGCUAUGAAAUGAACGGUCUGGUGUUUAGACACAAAAUAAUCAGGCCUCUCUAUAUACAGGAGGGUUUGAUAAUAUCAGCUCUGUGUUUUACUUUGGACCCAGAUGUUUGAUGAAAGAAUCAAGUUUAUGAGAGUAUCACGUCUUGAUGACUUCGGGCGAUGACUUGUAAUUAUGUUUUAUCAAUCUUUCUUAUAUUUAUGGAUUGGACAUGUGCAUGAGAAAUGUUUGGGUUAGGUGUGUCAUAUUACAAGUGGCAUGAACAGUCAGCUCUAACCAGAAAUGAAAGAAAAAGAGAAUAGUGAAUAAAGGUGAAACUAGUUGUAGACAGAAGCUAGUAGUCCUACUUGGAAAACAUACAUACCAUCCUGUAUAUAAUACUGUAUAUCCCUCUAUUAUUCUGAGUCUCCCAAGUAGACCACUGCAUCUCAGUGCUAAAGGUGUCACUACAGACCCUUGUUCGAUUCCAGGUUGUGUCACACCUGGCUGUGAUUGGGUGGCACACAAUUUUCCCAGUGUUGUCCGAGUUAGGGUUUGGCAGGGGUAGGCCGUCAUUGUAAAUAAGAAUUUGUUCUUAAGACUUGCCUAGUUAAAUCAAAUUUAAAUGAAUUACCUGGCACUGCAGUUCUUUUAAUGUUUUUUUUAUUUUAGCAAAGACCUUUAUUCUCUGUCAAAUUGUCUAGUAUUAAUAGUCAACAUUUACCAAUGGCUUGUUAGAUGUUAUGUGCUAUUAUCAUAGAUGAUGAUUACUAUUAUUCAUGGUGUUAUUAAUAUUAUGAUUAUUUUCUUCUAUUUUUUCAACUAUUUCAAUUUUUGUUUUGUCUUCUGCAUUGUUGGAAAGGGCCCUUAAGUAAGCGUUUCAUUGUUAGUCAACACUUCUUCUUUUUUUACGAAGCAUGUGACAUUUUUGGGGGGUGUAGAUCUGAAAAUGUAAUGAUGUGACAAUAAAGUAUUACUUUGUCCAAGCCUCUUUUUAAAAAGGAUAUGCAAUGUUUUGUUUAAACCCGUGAAUGAUACAUAAUACAUUUUAAGAGUUUGUUUGAAUAUGUUUUCUCUAAUUUGUUGUCAUAUUAAAUUAUGUGGUACUUCUUCACUUUUUCGUGGAUAGAUGUCAUUGUGUUCUGAAUAUAUCUAGUAUUUUUAUUUUAUAUUUUUUUAUUUCACCUUUAUUUA